ACUGAUUUUGCGUACAAUUGAAAAGCCCGAGUACAUCAUAGGUUAUGUGACGUUUUAAAAAAGUUGAUUAUUUCUAUAUUUAAUUCCUCUAUUUAUUUUAUAACACCGAUCUUACCGAACACCUUUUAAUUGUUUAUAUUAUCAUUGCUUAUCAAACAAUCUAAAGAAUUUUUUGUCUACCUCUCGGGUAAUUUUGUAACUGAAAAACAGGGUUAUAUUUCCACGAUGCUUAUUGACUUGCUUUGAACUAUGGGUGUAUGCAUUGGAUUAAAAAACCUUAGAUCAAGGGCCUAAUAUUUUUGGUAGAUUCCAGCGCGUAAACAAAUAAAAGUUCAAUAAACUAUCGAAAGAAUGAUUUUUCUGCGACAAGGGUUAGCACAUUUAAGAAGACAUGUACGUUAUAACGUCUUCCUGAUUCCUGUAAAUGAUUACACAACAGAAAAUUCGAAAAUCACAUUAAUGUCUCAAAAAGCGAGCGAUCGCAUUGUAUGGAUAGAUAUGGAAAUGACGGGUCUUGAUCCUGAUCGGAACAAAAUUUUGGAAGUAGCCUGCAUCAUUACUGACCCUAACUUGAAAACAGUAAGCGAAGAACUUGAGAUGAUUAUUCACCAACCAGAUGAAGAGCUGGAUUUCAUGGACUCUUGGAAUACGCAUCACCAUAUAAAGUCUGGAUUAAUAAAUUCUUCUCGAGCUAGUACAAUAUCAACAUCUGAAGGUGAAUCAACGCUCUUAUCAUUUCUUAAACGAUACGUACCACAAAAAACGUGUCCCCUGGCUGGAAAUUCCGUAUACGUGGAUCGAAUGUUCCUUCAUAAGCAAAUGCCGCUAGUCAAUGAAUACUUACAUUAUAGGAUAAUCGACGUUUCUUCGAUUAAAGAACUCGUGAGAAGAUGGAAUCCUGCACUCUAUGAAGCAGCACCUCAAAAGAUUUUUAACCACCGAGCGCUGAAUGAUAUUAAAGAGACUAUAAAAGAAUUGGAGUAUUACAAAAAACAUAUGUUUCAAUAAAGUUAUAUUUUAAUAGGACC